AUGCUGUUAAAUCUAUUCAUACUCUUUACACUCCUGUCAUGUGGAGAUGUGGCCUGUAUGAGAAGGUUACUGUCCAAACAUGAAGAAUCCCAAGAUCAUGAAGUAUUUGUGGGUGAGGGGAAAGCAAAUUCGUUCUUGGGUCGCCACCUGCUGUUCAACCGGUUUGACUUUGAGAUGUUCGUUCCUGGAAAUCUGGAAAGAGAGUGUGUGGAAGAAAUCUGCAAUUACGAGGAAGCAAGAGAGGUCUUUGAAAACACCGCGAAAACAGAUGCUUUCUGGAAGGAAUACACACAAGAAAAGGAGAAGCGUCCCUCACGAGUUGACGUCACAUCUCUUUUGGUGGGGCUGAUUGCUGCUGCUGUGGCCGUAGUUAUUGUUUGCCUCCUGAUCUGGUAUUUCUGUCAUGGCAAGUGUAAGGGUAACAUGAGCCGUACCAGUUCCAUACGGGCACGCCCCAGGAGGAGUAAUGCUUCUCUGAUUAUGCGACGGCUAGAGGAAGUGUCACUACAACCUGCGAUUCCACUUGCACACCUAUCCCAUAUGGGGGAAGUAGGCCCCCCGGGGCUGCCCUCCUAUGAGCAGGCAAUUGGAAGAAGUGGACAGCAUGACGCCCCACCUCCUCCCUAUCCUGGUUCACGGCCUGGAAGUAUUCGGCGGUAAUGUCUUCGGGACAACAUAUCUGCAUAUCUGUCAACUUAAAGCAGAGAAUUUACAUUUACACUGUGCAGUUGUGUUUUACAUUUAGAUAACUUUUGUUUGUAUCAUCACAAGAUUUAAAACACUGCCUUAUUUUUGUUUACUGUAUUUUUCC